CGCUACAAGGAGGACGAGUUUAUCAUUUCUUCCGCGAAAACAGUUCACAAUCACAGAUGUGAAAAAUGUCUUAUGAUAGGUGAUCCAUAUUUUAGACGCCUGUUCGGGGAUGAAAAGGUGAAUACUGCACCAGUUGUGAAGACUACAUUUGUGGUCGGUGAUGUUUUGGAAUAUGCUGAAGAGAAUUUUAAUAAAAUUUUGACGAGCACAGAUGUGUAUAAUUUACGUAAGGAUGUGAGACCAGCCAUGCCUUUGAGAUCAGAUGUUAUGCGCAUAAUAAGGCAAAGCGGUCAGGUGGUUCAAUACGUGGGUUCGAAUACAGGGAUAACCAGCAGAAUUUGCUUCGCCCUGGAAUCACAGGUUCAGUUAUAUCGGAAAUAUGGAGAGUUGGUGACGGCAUAUACCUGCACCAAGUGGAUUAUACCAAUUCUACUUGUACCUGAAGAAUAUUUAGGGCACAAAGAAUACCUUGCCGGCAUAUGCUGCUGUGUCACACUCAAAUUCCUCAGUUUACAGUUGACAAAGUAAUUCGCCUGUGUCGCAGAUGGUUUUGGCAGGAUCCGUUGCUACCAAGUCGUGUGCCGCGUGAAAGUUCAGUGAAGAAACCCUGCAUGGAGAUACUGCAACUUCGCAGGCAAUUGAACAGAAGCUUCUCAGUUAUGCAGGAUAAUUAUAGUAAUGAUUAUACUAUUAGUGCACUGCGAGCAACUCUGAAUUACUUUGAGAAUUUUCUUGUCUAAUAAUGGAAGAUGUACAUAC